CGCCGGCCCGCCCGCGGUGACCGAUGCCCAGGCUGGACGACCACUGCUGGAGCUGUUCCUGCGCCCAGGGCGCCAGGCACCGAGGCCGCCCGGGAGCCGGGGCCGGAGGGCUGGCGGCCAAAGUGGGUGACAUGCUGAGCCCCGCCGCGCUGGCGGCCCGCAGGGGCCCGGACCCGGACCCCGCGCCCGCCCGCGGGCCUCGCAGCCCCGGGACGGGGGCUCGCGGCGCCGGUGGCGGCCCCCCCGGCAGCUGGCACCACCACCUGGUGCAGCGGAGCCUGGUGCUGUUCUCGGUGGGGGUCGUGCUGGCCCUGGUGCUCAACCUGCUGCAGGUGCAGCGGAACGUCACCCUGUUCCCCGAGGAGGUCAUCGCCACCAUCUUCUCGUCGGCCUGGUGGGUGCCCCCGUGCUGCGGGACGGCGGCCGCUGUCGUGGGCUUGCUGUACCCCUGCAUUGACAGUCACCUCGGCGAGCCGCACAAGUUCAAGCGGGAGUGGGCCAGCGUGAUGCGCUGCGUGGCCGUCUUCGUUGGCAUCAACCACGCCAGCGCCAAGUUGGAUUUUGCCAAUAAUGUCCAGCUCUCCCUGACAUUAGCGGCCCUGUCUUUGGGCCUCUGGUGGACAUUCGACCGUUCAAGAAGUGGCCUUGGUCUUGGGAUCACCAUCGCCUUCCUGGCCACGCUGAUCACCCAGCUGCUGGUGUACAAUGGUGUCUAUCAGUACACGUCCCCAGACUUUCUGUACAUUCGCUCCUGGCUGCCGUGUAUCUUCUUCUCCGGAGGCGUCACCGUGGGCAACAUCGGGCGGCAGCUGGCCAUGGGGGUUCCCGAAAAGCCGCAUAGCGACUGAGUCUUCAGACCCACCGGAGAAGAGCGCGAUUUGGGAAGAAAGUCUGUGACAUUGGAUUGUGACAAAGAUUGUCUUUUUUCCUCAGUGAUCCAUUUAGAUGGGGCUGACUGUCCCCAUGACUCCCGGAAAAAUAACUCACCUGUCCUAGAGUAGCACGCGGAGAAGAGCUGCUUCUCUCGAAAGGGCACUUGCUUGAUGCGCCCGUGCCCGAGUCCGCUCCGGAGACGCGCCCCCAGGCGGGCAAGGGAGUGCUGGCAGGCACGGCUUCCCGAGUAUUCGAUCUCCUUACGUUAUUAAAAGCAGGUUGCCAUAUUUCAAAGCCUUGAACUGAAGCCUAAUUACCAGCUGUUGGUUUUGUAUCGCUGCCCACAGGGGAUAGAGCUCGAUGGUGCUUAACAAAGGUGAGGUGUGGAAAAAUAGGAAUAUUUAUCCAAAAGUUUUUAAAAAUAGGGUUGGAAAGAAGAGAAGUGGCGGUGAGCGCAGGGAGGCUGCAUGGGGAGGCCCCAGUGCUGAGACGCUCACGCCCCCACGCCUCACACGCGUGUGCCCCGCAGCGCACAGAUGCGCUCCUCCCUGCCUCGGAGCUUUGUGCAGACAAUCUCCCCGAGCGCAGAGGGCAGGGAAGGCCGCGGGUCCACACUGCGGUCGUCUGAGGGCCUCACCGCGACACCUGGGGAGUUUCAUCCCAGAUCCGUAAUCUGAGAGGGCGUCCCCGUCUGCCGAGCGUCUCGGGCUUAGGGAUCCGGAGUCGCAUGCGGUUCCCUCUGUGCACCGGAACGGACACGGCGAUGCGUCCACGGCCCUCUGGAAUCUGCAAUCCGUGAUUGCCUCGUGAGCGCCGCGUGCGCACGCCGCCGCCUGGAGCGCCACGCGUCUCUAAACACUCGGAGAUACCGGUGAGCACAACGUCUUCACGGACUGGCAUAGACCAUCCCGGACCCGCUUUGCAAGGACUGGGUCUCAAACAUUAAGUGCAAUGUAUAUGAAACCAAUCUGAGCCUUGUAUUCUCUUAAAUAUUUAUUUUUUUUAACGUAUGAGAGGUUGAAGAGGGCUCUCCGUUCAUUUCAGCGCUGCGCGGAGGCGGGACUCAGCAAUAAUUUCUUUCAGUGAGGAAGUUGAUCUGUUGUGCCCGCCACUGAGCCCCGGUCCUUUCCAGAUACUCCAGACGUGUGGGAUGGGCAGAUAGACCUGGCAUUUUUACUUACAAAUUUACCUUUUUGUACUUUGCAGUUUAAAUGUUUUUGUUUCAAAUUCUGUGAAAGUGACUUCAUUACGAGACUCCUUUUGACUAGAAACGGGCAGUGGGCAGGACGGGGGGUCGGAGGGCCGGGCGCCCGCGGCUGGGAACGUGCCCCCUCGGCUCCGCUGGUGCAACGAUCUUGCUACGGUUGUUCAGUUUUGUUCCAAGAAAAACACCUCGGAGCAAAUUGUAGGUGACCGUGUAGCUAAUCUGUGUUAGAGGAACUUUGUGUAAUGAAAACAGGAUCGUUCCGAACUUGGCACUGACCUCUGCACGUUUUCUGAAAGUGCAGUUGGAUGAUUAGCCGUGUGAAAAGAUUUUUCAAGGAAGAGGUCAGCAUUUUAUGAAAAACCAGAAGUUAUUAGGUGAAAGCAGUAAUUGAAUCUUUAAAGUAUACUUGAUCAUGUACAAACAGUAAGUAUUUUUUUCUCUGAAACUGGAAGUAAAUCUCUAUCUCUUAGAAAUAAUGUAGCCAAAAAAUGUGAAUCUGAAGAAUUUUUUUGCCAAUACUUUAUAGCAAGUAUAUGAACCAAAGUGAUUUGCGUUUGUAAAAAUGUAAAAUAUGAUGAACAAAAUUUGCACUAUACCGGAUACAGACAUCUAGUGAGAUUCACAGUCAUACUAAGUUUUCAGCACUGUGUUCUUUUUGCAUUCAUUUUUUACUUUUAUUAAAGGUUCAAAACCAA